AUGGUGAAAACAGUGUACUUGAUUGGUGAUGUGUUAAGUGAAUUAGUUGGAAAAAAAUUACCCUCUCUGAAAGAGGAUGAAUUAAAUAAACUAUUUGAUGUAGCUCAUGCGGAUGUUUUAAAUAUACUGGACAAAGAAAAAGAUUAUUUUUAUUUGGGACAAAAAUCUUCCAGUCGACGUGGUUUUAUUUCAUAUAAUUCUCAACCAAUUUUAGAAGAUGUCGAAGACAUGGAUGUUGAUAUCAGCAAUUAUGAUAAUAAUAACAAUAAUAGUGAUAAUAAUAGUGAAGAGAACAUUGAUAGCAAUGAUAAAAACUAUAAUAAUAAUGGUAAUGAUAGUAAUAAUAAUGUCGGAGAGUUUGAUAACGACAAUGUCAACUAUUAUUGUGCAGUUGAGACUGAUGAUGUUGCUAAUCAUAAAAUAUCAAGUCAUCCAUCUCAAUUAUCCCAGAAAUCUUUGGAAAGUAAUACUUCUCGUAUAAUCUCUGAUUAUGAAGAUGAAAUGCCAAAACAACAAGUUCCAAAAAUUGAUAUAAUGACACCAGAACUUGCUGCGGCUUUGGAUAGAGCUAACGUGACUAGUAGGAUGGCGACUUACAUUAUUGCUGCUUUAUUAUCUUGCUUGAACAUUGAUUGUGCAAGCGUAAACUUUAGUCAUGUGACUAUUCACCGAGCAAGGGAAAAAUUCCGGAAAGAAGCGGCGUUAAAUCUGAAGACUAAUCUGGAAACUGACAAUUAUGUACUACAUUUUGAUGGAAAACUGUUAUCAGAUAUUACAGGUACAGAACAAGUUGACCGGCUUCUGAUUAUUUUAUCAUCAUCAGGUAAAUUUCAACUGUUAGGAGUUCCUAAACUAGAAUCUGGGACUGGACAAAACCAAGCUUCAGCUAUUAUUAAAACAGUAAAACAAUGGGAUAUUAAUACUGACAACAUCAAAGCAUUGUGUUCUGAUACUACGGCGUCAAAUACGGGAAUCAGAAAUGGUGCGUGUGUAUUAGUAGAAAAGGCUCUUAGUAGAAAACUGUUGUACUUGCCAUGCCGACACCAUAUUUUGAAAUUGUUCUUCGAAGUGCAUUUGAAAUGA